AUGCUUCCGAGUAGAGGGAUAUCCAAGGCGAAUCCAGCCUCUGCGCUGCGUUAUCCACUGUUUCCUACUCGAGCACAGCUAGCCAGACCGUCGCCAGCUUCGACCCGUUCCUUCUCCCGCUCAAGCAUCCGUUCGCCAUCCAUAUCAUCAAAGCAUGGCCUUAGUCGGCCAACGCAAAUACCGCAGCUUGCCUCGAUCGGCUCCGGAAGUGGUGCUCUGGGUGUAGCAUCUGGGGUCUUCGCCCAGCGCUCCGGAACUACGCGAAACCUGUCGCUCUGGCCAUUCCAGUCUAAACCGUCAGAGGCAACAGCACCACCACCAGUCGAUACACGGAUCGAACCAGCCGCCUCCUUUGCUGAACCGCCGACUUCUGUCCCGGAUGCGCAACCUCCACCCGUGCCAGUCGAGAGCGUUAGUCCUGCUUCUGCAGCCACUCCAGCCACGCCAAUCGACCCGAGCUCGACACACCUAUCCCAUGACUCUGUAUUUGGCGACCUCGACCUGCCCUCGAUUCUUGAUAUUCCGGAGCAGAUAGGCUACCUGAAGAGUCUCGGUCUGGAUUUUGGCUGGGGGCCUACGAGCUGCGUCGAGUGGGUUCUGGAACAUGUGUACAUAUACACGGGUGCGCCAUGGUGGGCGUCGCUUGCCAUGAUAGCCAUCGUAUGGCGUGCCGCUCUGUUCAUGCCGACCAUGACCGGCAGCAAGCACCAGGCCUUGCUGCAGAAGGCUCACACCACUCCAGAAUUUAUCAAGGCCAAGGAACAGUUCAACGAGGCGGCAUUCGGCUCCAAGGACCAGAUGGCCAUGAUGUCGGCUCGCGCGAGCAUGAGUAAGAUCACCAGACAAUCCGGCGCUCAGAUUUGGCGACCCUUUGUGGGAUUCCUCACCGUUCCCUUCAGUUACGGCAUGUUUCGACUGUUCCGAGCCAUGGCCGCCAUACCCGUCCCCCCCCCAGUCUGGAGACCGGCGGACUUGCCUGGUUCACCGAUUUGA